UUAAUUCCAUUUCUUUCGAAACCCUCUGCCGCUAAGUUGCUCCUCUGCUCGUGAAAACGAAGCUUGUCGCCUGAAUCAAAACUUACCUUACAACUUGGACUUUUGUCGAGAUAGACAAACUCUGGAAUUAUGAGCGUGGAGAUGGUUGGGUCUGAGCAGCCAAGGGAGAAAAUGAAGAAAGACACUAAAAAAAGAAAGGCCGAAGCAGAGGAGAAGCCCAAUACCCCAUCAACUCCUCACAAGAUUUCCAUCAAUCCUAUGGAGAGGAAGAAGCAAAAGAAAGCUCUAGACAAAGAGAGACACAGAGCCGAGUCUGAGAGAAAAGCUGAGGCUUGGCAUAAACAAAUGAUGGCCUCUCUUGAGUCGAGAUGUAAUGAGACGACGGAGAUUUCUUCUACUACUAGUAGUGGGUUGCCUGAGUUCCACAUUGGUGUAUUUAAGGACCUUGCAGCUGCUGAAGUGUCUAUUAGAGAAGCAGCUGCUCAGUCUUUAGUUGCUGAGUUGCUUGAAGUUCAGAAGGCUUAUGAUAAUCUGGAGAACAAGGAAGUGGUUGAUGGUCAGCUCAAAUUGGAAGCUGAAAAGGAUGAUGGGUUGAAUAACUGUGCCCCUUCUCUGAGAUAUGCAGUUCGGAGGCUCAUUCGUGGUGUUUCUUCAUCAAGAGAGUGUGCAAGGCAAGGAUUUGCAUUAGGAAUGACAAUAUUGGUUGGUACAGUUCCAUGCAUAAAAGUGGGUGCGCUAUUGAAGCUAAUUGUGGAACUAUUGGAGAUCUCUUCUUCCAUGAAGGGUCAGGACAUAAAAGAUUGCUUAUUGGGACGCUUGUUUGCUUAUGGAGCUAUUGCAAGAUCAGGAAGAUUACUUUUAGAGCGGACUGCUGAUGAGGACACUCCUUAUAUUAAAGAAUUUGUUGGUUCUCUUGUCUCACUGGCAACGAAGAAGCGUUACUUGCAAGAGCCUGCUGUUUUAAUUAUCUUGGAGUUGGUUGAGAAGUUACCUGUUGAAGCUUCAUUGAAUCAUAUACUUGAAGCUCCUGGACUUAAAGAGUGGUUUGAAGGUGCAACAAAAGUUGGAAAUCCCGAUGCUUUGCUUCUUGCCCUUGCUAUACGUGAAAAAGUUCGUUUCGAUGAUAAAGAGUUUGGAAAGCUUCUGCCUAUUCCUUAUACCCCCGGCAGGCUUUUCACUGUCGAACAUCUGUCCUUGCUUUCCAAUUGCUUGAAGGAGUCCAGUUUCUGCCAUCCACGAACUCAUAGUGUAUGGUAUUCAUUGGUAAAUAUUCUCUUACCUGAAAAUGUUGUACAAGAGUUUGAUCCCUCAGCAGCUUUGAAUUCGGUAAAAAAGCACAAAAAAAACCGCAAGGGUAGCUCAGCAGAAGAAGAUAUUGAGAAAAAUCUUAAAAACUUUUGCGAAAUUAUCAUUGAAGGAUCACUUCUUUCAUCACCAUCUCAUGAACGCAAGAGCUUGGCACUCAAUGUUCUGCUGCUUCUCCUUCCAAAACUGCCCGCUUCGUGCAUCUACAAUAUCCUAUCGCACAAAGUUGUACGUUGCUUAAUGGAUGUACUUUCCAGAAAAGACACUAAUCUACUCAAAGCCAGUCAAUAUUUUGUGAAAGAAUUAUCUGAGUGGGUGAAGCAUGAUGAUGUAAGAAGAGUGGCAGUUAUUGUGGCUUUACAGAAACAUAGUAAUGGGAAAUUCGAUUCCAUCACCAGGACAAAAACAGUAAAAGAGUUGAUGGCUGAGUUUAAAACUGAGUCGGGAUGCAUGCUUCUCAUUCAGAACUUGGUUGACAUGUUCCUGGAUGAAGGUCAUGCUUCUGACGAGCCUUCAGAUCAGAGUCAAACAACAGAUGACAACUCAGAAAUUGGUUCCGUAGAUUAUAAAGAUUCUGUUGGAGCAGCAGCAACUUCAGAUUUUUUGAAAGGCUGGGUUGUAGAGUCACUUCCCAAUAGCUUGAAACAUCUAACUUUGGAUACAAAUGCAAAGUUCAGGGUGCAAAGAGAAAUUCUCAAAUUUCUGGCCGUGCAGGGUUUAUUCUCUUCAACUCUUGGAACUGAGGUGACAUCUUUUGAAUUGGAGGAGAAGUUUAGGUGGCCAAAGUCUUCCAUUUCAAGUGCUCUUUGUAGAAUGUGCAUUGAGCAGCUACAGUUACUGCUGUCAAAUGCUCUAAAAGGAGAAGGACCUCAUGUUGUGGCAAGUGGUGUUGAAGUUAACGAUCUUGGAGCGUAUUUCAUGCGAUUUCUUACCACAUUGCGAAACAUUCCUUCUGUUUCACUGUUCAGGUCCUUGAAUGCCGAGGAUGACGAGGCAUUCAAAAAAUUGCAGGAUAUGGAGUCUCAGCUCUCAAGACAGGAGAGGAACUUGGGCCCAAGUAUUGACGCAAAUAAGUUUCAUUCCAUGAGGUACCUUCUGAUACAAUUGUUGCUUCAAGUCCUACUUCGGCCUGGGGAAUUUUCCGAAGCCGCCUCCGAAUUGGUUAUUUGCUGUACAAAAGCUUUUCAAUCUUCUGAUCUUCUUGCUUCCUCUGGAGAAGAUGAAGUAGAUGGAGAAGGUACACCUGAACUGAUGGAUGUUCUAGUGGACACCAUGCUUUCAUUGCUGCCUCAGUCAUCAGCUCCAUUGCGGACUGCUAUUGAGGAGGUUUUCAAAUGUUUUUGUCGUGAUGUCACGGAUGAUGGCUUACUUCGGAUGUUGCGGGUUAUAAAAAAAGAUCUCAAACCAGCCAGACGCGGAGAAACGAAAAGUGAGAGUGAAGAUGACGACGACGACGAGGAUGUUCUUGACAUUGAAGAAGCAGAGGAAUCAGAUGAAGCAGAGAUGGAUGAAACUGCGGAGAGUGAUGGACAGGCAGAUGACUCGGCGACAGUAGUUGGUGUUGAAGCAGCAAGCUCAGAACUUCCUGGAGCUUCUGAUGAUGAAUCUGAUGAGGGAAUGGAUGAUGAUGCCAUGUUCCGCAUGGACACUUAUCUUGCUAAAAUAUUCAAGGAAAGGAAGAACCAGGCUGGUGGUGAAACUGCUCAUUCACAGCUUAUCCUCUUCAAACUUCGUGUCCUCUCGUUGCUAGAGAUUUACCUACAUGAAAAUCCAGGGAAGCCGCUAGUAUUAAAAAUAUUCUCAAACCUAGCUCAAGCAUUUGUAAACCCGCACACUACGGAAGGUAACGAACAGCUUGUCCAGCGAAUUUGGGGAAUUUUACAGAAGAAAAUCUUCAAGGCAAAGGACUAUCCAAGAGGUGAAGCCAUUCAGUUUGCAGUGCUUAAGACACUCUUGGGAAGGAACUUGACACUGGCAGCAAAACCUUUCAAGAAAAAGAAAUCUGCUAACUUGUCAAACAAAAAGCAGUCUGUCGCCUUGAAUAGAUACAAAAUGAUCAAUUCUCUUGCUCAGAGUUCAACUUUUUGGAUUUUGAAGAUAAUUGAUGCUAAAAAGCUUCCAGAGCCUGAACUUCAGGAGGUUUUUGGUGUAUUUGAGGGAAUUCUGGAGGAGUAUUUUAAGACUAAAAAGUUUCAUAUGAAGUGUGAAUUUCUAAAAGAAGUUUUUAAAAGGCGACCUUGGAUUGGACAUCACCUUUUUGGAGUUCUUUUGGAGAAAUGUGCUAGUGCAAAGCUACAGUUUCGGCAAAUUGAAGCUCUUGAACUGGUUAUUGAGAUCUUAAAAUCAAUUACUUCUGUAAACCCUGAUGACAGCAGCCAGGAUUCGUCAAAGAAAAAGUUGAAGAGUCAUGCUGCAAAGUUAGGCUAUCUAAUUAAUGCACUGCUGAGAAAUAUGCCCGAUAAGGCAUCAAGACGAGCUGAUGUGCGGAAGUUCUGUGGCAAAGUCGUUCAGGUUUUAACAGACCUUAAUCUGAAAGCGUCGUUUCUUAGGGCUCUGGAACCAGAUUGUGAAUCUCAACUGGGUGACAUGGUUCCCACUUUGAAAAAGUGAAUGUUAGGGCAGAGUUGUCCAUGUAAUCUGAUGUAAAUCAUUAUGCUGGGAGUUCCUGGCACAUGUGAUUCUACAGGCAACAAAUUUUGGCUUGUGAAGACAUUAAACAAGGAUUUGCAAGAACAUUCAUGCAAAUGUUGAAGUGACCAGUUGGGCAUUGUUUCCUGUCAUUUUUUUUCAACUAUAGUUAUUUGUAGGUUUGUUUACUGUUGGGAUUUGACUGUGUUCGCCAAUUUCUUUUCAUCAGCUGUUAAAAGCUUCUAGUACUAGCAGUUUUGGUAGUAUGUAGUCCUUCAUAUUAAUUGUACGAUCCAAAUUUUUGGCAUAAGAGCACAAAGGUACAUCUUACCGGUGAGUGAUUCCGCUUGUCAUUCUUCACCUAUGAAUCCAUGUCAUUGUUUAUAUUUGGAAUUACUUUGGAAUUUGGAACUUUGUGGAAUCUGAUUA